UAUUUAAACCAUAUUUCAGGUGUUAGAUCAAAAUGUGGGGAGGGCGCAAUCCAACAAGUUGUAUAAUUGUCCGAAAUCUUCCCUGGCAGAUAUACAAUAACCAAUCCAACUCCGUCAUAGCCUGGAAGAGCCUCAUUGGUUUUAAUCAAUAUGAAAGGUGGAUGGAUCAAAACAGAAAAUUGUGUGUCAAAAUAUAUUUUAUGAACAAACACAUGCACGAUCAGUGUUUGAUUUAUUUGAAACGGGUUUAUUUCCGACAGUUUCAAGUUGUAGAAGUAACACCAGGAGAAGAUUAUGUCUUUGUUCCAAAAUUUGGAAUUAAAAAAUCUAUCAGUUUAACCAACAGGGAGUGCAAAAUUCAGAGGAGGGACACAAAUUUGGAGGAAAAGAACCAAAUUUUACCACAGGAGAUAAAUUAUGAUGCGGGUCAAGAUAAAGGAUCUGUUCAGAUUAAAACUGAAACAAAAGAAACAAAAAUAGAUCAGUCUAAAGAUACGAUACUUCCAGAAAAUGAAAAAGAAGCUUCCUUUUCGUUUGAUCAGUCUUCUGCUUCAGAUCUUCCAGUUCCUGUUUCCGUUGAUGCUGAUCGAACCGUAGUAGAGAAGGUUGCUGCUGAAGUCGAAGAAGUGGUGAAAAACCAUUGUCUUGAUGCAUUUCCCGGAUUUAGUAGUGAUGAAGAAUGUUUGGAGGAUACAUCCAUGUAUAGUAGUUCUAUUCAGAUUGUUACAGUAUCUGAAUCUUCAGCCAACCCAGACGAAAAAUAUGAACCGCAAUCGGUGUCUGUCGGACAUGUAGACGAUUCUUAUGACCUUGGAGCCACUAGACUAACACUGGACAAUGCUAAGCUGGUUCAAGAGUUUUCAAACUUUUGCUCAAACAAUGGCGUGAGUUCUAGAACCGCAAGUUCUCUGUUACAAAGUCUUGAAAUGUCAAAUAUUACACUAGUUUAUUGUUUCCACCUGUUUCGUACUACUAAUAGGAAGCUGUUUCAACCAACAAUUCUCCAGAAUCUUGACAACAAAUGUAGAACAAAUUUUUCUAUACGACUUCUAACUCAGUUUUGCAAACAUGUACAUUUAAUUACCUCUAAAUACAAUAGUAACGGUCAGAACGCAAUUCUACAUGAGAAACAGAAUGCUGUUUUAAAAAAUAAAAAACUGAAGAAACUUGAAAAACUGCCUAAAUCAGUUUUGCCUAUCUGUGAUAUUUCUUCUAAUAAAGAGAAAAAUAAACCAGCAUACUUUCACACACCCUUCAACCCUCUGAGCAAAAAUGUGAAUCUAGCCGAAUCAAUGGUACUUCGUGAAGAACUGCCCAUCCAUCAGGACGUUCUUAGUGAUACUUCUAACAAUCAGGACGUUCUUGGGAGUAAUUUUAACCAACAGGACAUUUUUCACCACCAGGACGUUCUGAAGGAUGACGUUGUUGAUGAUCAUUCCAGCCACAAGGACGUUAUUGAGGACCAUUCCAACAACCAGGACGUUACUGAUGAUCAUUCCAACUAUCAGGACGUUAUUGAUCACAAUUCCAACAAUCAGGGCGUUUUUGAGGACCAUUCCUCCCCCAAGGACGUUAUUGAUAAUCCUUUUUACCAUCAGGAUGUUAUUGAGGAUAAUUCCCUCCACAAAGACGUUAUUGAGGAUAAUUGCCACCACCAGGACGUUUGUGAGGUUCAUAUCAAACAUCAUGACGAUUAUUUAACUGAUGAUUUACCGUCACUUGAUAGGACAAGUCAAUUUGCGAUGAAUUCAUGUAAUCUUCUCCGGAAUCUGGAGACAUCAGGUUUGCCUUAGAAGGAUUAUGUUGUUCCUUAUUUUCCAUCGAAGGGUUUUCAGGAUCUCAAAAUCUUAAAUGAUGAAAACAAUGACCAGUACCCAACCAAAGGUUCAUUAAACGAAGAAGUGAAUAUUAUCCAAGAUAUCUCCAACAGAUAUGAUGUAAAUGAUCUCAAACCUUCUGAAAACCCUUGUGAUGAAAUUAUAAGACUGAAAUCAGAAAAAGAAGAAUUAAGCGACGAAAAUAAUAAACUUCGCCAGAAAAUUAUAUUUCAAUCUGAUAAAAGUUUUAAACUGAAUGCUUGUAACGUUGUGGGACCUGAAAGAAAUUAAGUAUUUUAGAUAUAUUUAUAUUUUUUAAUAUAGAAUUUUUAUUAAAAAUUGAUAUUUGCUUCAUUGCUCUGACAGAAGUUGUAUUAGAUUUAGUAACACCUGUCAAAAUUAUUUUAUAUUUUAUUCUAAAAUUUUUAUUUCUUUAUAUUUACAAUGCUAUGAAGUAAUCAUGUUUUACAAAAACGUAAAUUUGACACAUUCUAUUUGCAAUGGAUAUAUUUACUGUAUUAAAUAGAUUUAUUAGAUUAUUAUAAUAAUAUUUUCAAAGAUAAAUAUGUUUUGUAAUAGUUUAUUAAAUUGCUUUUGUGACAGAAUUUAAAAAUACUUAAAUACAAAACAAUGAUUUAUAUUUCAGAAA